AUGGGUAAUCAUCAAGGAAAGACAUUAAAAAUUGGAUCUUAUCAUUUAAAUUUUGUUAAACAAAUUGCAGAAGGUGGGUUCUCAUAUGUUUUUUUAGUGAAAGAUUCAAAUACAUCAAAACACUAUGCAUUAAAAAGAAUUUUAAUUAGAGAAGAUGAUGAGUUAAAGGAAGUCAAACAUGAAAUUUCAAUUAUGAAAAAAUUAACAAAAAAUAAAAAUAUUGUAAAAUAUUUUGAUUACCACAAAACUAGUGAUAAAAAUAAUACAGAAGUUUUUAUAUUAAUGGAAUUUUGUUCAGGGGGACAUUUAGUGGAAUUGAUGCAAAAACGAAUGAAUAGCAGCACAGGCAGAUUUACAGAUCAGGAGGUAUUGAAAAUAUUUCAAGAUGUUUGUGAAGGCGUGGCUUAUAUGCACUCACAAUCACCCCCAAUUAUUCACAGAGAUUUAAAGGUAGAGAAUGUUUUAUUAGACGAGGAGAGUGGUAUAUACAAGUUAUGUGAUUUUGGUUCAGCAACACAAGAGAUAGUUCAUAUAAAAAAUAAAUCAGAUAUGCAAAUAGCCGAGGAUGAUAUUCAAAGACAUACAACAUUACAAUAUAGAGCACCAGAAAUUGUAGAUUUAUAUAGAUCGAAUGUUAUCAAUGAAAAGAUUGAUAUUUGGGCUUUGGGUUGUUUAUUGUACAAGUUACUAUUUUAUACAACUCCAUUUGAAGAUUCAGGUUCAUUAGGUAUUUUAAAUGCAAACUAUACAAUCCCACCUACAACAUAUUCAAAUGAUUUAAUAAAUUUAAUUAGAGUAAUGUUAAGUCCUGAUCCAGCUUCAAGACCAAAUAUUUUUGAAAUUACAAACCAAAUAUGUGCAUUAAGAAAUUUACCGCCAUUAUUUUCAUCACAUAAAUCAAAUAUUUUAAAUAAUAAUAACAAUAAUAACAGCAAUAGUAAUAAUAAUAGCCCAGUUAAAAGUAUACCUCCAAAACCAUUACCAAAGGUUGGAAAUAAUAAUAAUAAUAAUAAUAGUAAUAUUCAACAACCAUCAAUUCCAACAACAUUACAGCAACAACAUAAUCCAUCACCAUUACCAUCAUCAUCCGUUAUAAAUAAUACAGAUUCAUAUGAAAAUCAUAAUAUAAAUAAUGUUACAAAUGGUAUGGGAUCUUUAUCAAUACAACAACCAAGUCCAAACCAAACUAAAAGAAGAGCGACACCAUCAUCAACACCAUCACUUCAACCAGUUACAUUUGUACCAGGUCAUUCACACACCAAUAGCAACCCAAAUAUGAGUUUAGAGGAUUCUUAUAAAGAAUCACCACGUAGUUUAAACCCAUUUGAUCAACCAUUACCACAACCACCAAACGAAGAAAUCUUUAAUAUUGUUAAUAUGUUAACAAGUUCAGAGUUUGUGCCAUACGAUACUGCAUUAUUACUAAAAUUAAAAUCAUUAAAGCCUGGUAAGGGUAUAAUGCAUAUGAUCGUUAAAAGACCAUUAAAAGAACCAUUGGUUUGUUUAAAAUCUUUGUUAUUGGUCCAUGUAUUGUUAUAUGAAGGAAAUAAUUUAUCAUUUAAAAAUGAUGUCUAUGAUAGUAAGGAUUUAUUUAAUAAUUUAUAUUUAGGUUGGUUAAAGCAAAGAGACAGAUAUUUAUUUUUAGGUGAACUUUUAGCCCAAUAUUCAUGUUUAUUAUUUAAAUUUGUAAAUUUCCAUCAUAAAAACUAUAUGAUUGAUGGUGGAUUUGCAUUCGAAGAAAUGAAAUGGGGUUUACCAGAAUCAUUGGACAGUUCAAACCAUCCAAUAAGUGUUAGUGUUAUUAAAUGUUUAUUAGAGAUUAUGGAUCAUAUAUUUUUAGUUCAAAAUUCAUUGGCAGAGUAUUGUAAUGCACCAUAUCCGGAUAUUAUACAAAUACCACAUCAACUACUACAACACAUUGUUAAUAUUUUAAAUAGUUCUUCAUAUUCCAUAUUUUGUUUUAUAAGCGGAUCAAUCGAAUCAUUAUCAAAGAUUUUCCCUGAUGUCGAUAGAAAGUUAUUCAAUAGUGUUAACCAAUUUCAGAAUAUGUAUCAUCGUUUAAGAGAUCAAUAUAACAAAUUAGGUCAAUUACCUUGCUUUUCUGAUAUAUUCUUCCCAACUUUACCAAAUGUUGCACCAUCAUUUACUAUCGUUAGAUCCAAUAGUUCAAAUAAUAUAAAUGGCAGGUUAAAUGCAAGCUCAUCAGAUAUAAAUAAUACAAAUGGUCCAAGUUUAGGCUCAUCAUUCGAAAGUACAGGUAACCCAUUCUCAACUGAACCAACUUUUAAUCCAUUUAAUACUACAACCACAACCACAACCACAACUACAACAACCAAUGGAAAUGAUUUUGGAGGAUUUGGGGAUAAUAAUUCUACUAUACCAUCACCACGUUUUCUUCAACAACAACAACAGCAGGGUAUUGUUUCACCAAAUUCUUCAAAUACACCAAAUCAACAAAUGUCACCUAUUAUUGGAGCCAAAAAACCACCAUUACCACCAUCAACACAGUUUGGUAAAUUUCCACACUCUGCAUCAUUGGAGGAUGCUCGUUUAUAUACUUAUAUUUUAACACCAACACCAUCACCACCACACUCACCUUCACUUGGUCGUUUAUCUCACUCAAAUUCAAAUGUUAUAAAUGCUCAUGUCCAACAACAACAAAUACAACAACAGUUACACCCACAACAAGCAUCCCACUCAAAUGUUCAACCACAUCCAUUUGACAACUUUUCAAUCAAUGGACCACCACAACAACCAUUACAACAACCAAUUCACAAUGGGCAACCAAUUCAACACUCAGUAUCAUUCCAAUCUGGUAUACCCGUGUCUGCUCCAAACUCAUUAAAUAGUUCAUCAUCAUCAAUUAAUAAUCAUGGUCACCAACCACCACAACAACAGCCUUAUGGUCAAAAAAAUCCCAGCGGUAACUCUUUAAUGCCACCACCACUAAGAGGGGCUAGAGGUCAUAGAAGAUCUCAAUCCAAUACUACAGAUGAAAUUAGAAGAAGAAAUCUCUUACAACAACAAUUGGACCAAAAUAGAGAUUUCUUAAAUCAUCAAAGACUUGUAAAUAAAAACUCAAGAUUAAAUGAUAAUUUAUUUGAUAGCGAGGAAUCACCAUUUGGUGAUGAAGAAGAAGAUUCUGGCUUGCUACAAUAAUAAUAAUAAUAAUAAUAUAAUAUAAAAUAAUAAAAAAUAAAUUAUAUAAUAAUAUAAUUAUAUAUAAUAUAGUUAUAUAUAACC